AUGGUGAAGCAAAAUGAGGUUUCUGACGAGCGCAUGCCUGCCCAGGUCACUGCGCAGGUCGCGCUUACUUCAUCGGAGCAGUCUGUCCCACAUCCAAGCUCUUCUUCCCCGUCACAAUUAAAUGCCGGAUCGCAAUCACUUGUACCUACAGCAGUGCCCAUAUCCACGAGCCAGCCUGACUCUGAUUCAUGUUUGAAUUCAUCUGCGGUCGAUGUUGAUUCCUCUCGGGGCGCGGAGCCACAUAUCGAGUCAAAACGACUGGCAUCUCCACCGGUUCAGAGUGACUCCAUGACGGAUCUGCAACUUCUGGGUGAUACGCACAAGCGUUCGCGAUCACAAGAGGAGAAACACACUGGUUCUGCCAUGCCCAUAACUCCAUCCUUCCUUGACGAUUUCGGCAACGAGGUAAGUACGACGCCUCCGCUGUUGGAGCAGAUAGCAACACCAAGAUCAUCACCAGAUGGGUCCGCUGGACCACCUACCUCGUCAACUGCAGCUCCGUCCUCUGAUCGGACGCCCUCUGCACUGCAGAUCUUCGAGUCUCGUAGCAACCAAGCAAGACAGGAGCAUUUUAGACGGACUAAGAUUUUCCACAAGACGCGUUGUCCGAUAAUGUGUCAGACAAAGAGGAUGCUCGUGUUUGCCUCCCGUGGAUUCGAACGUGGAAGUCUACCUACGAGGCAGACAAAGCCUCCUCUGUUGAAGCGGCGUCACAGCAUUGAUGUGAACACUACCGAGAACUGGGAGACACAAGAAUUUGCUUGCUGGCUACAUUCUCAUAUGAAGGUAGACGAUUUGCAGCCACUGCUUCAUAUUUCUGCGUGGCCGACUAACAUUGUACAGCAAGAUCGUCUUUGGCCACAGACCUCAGAGACAGAAAUUCCCUACGUUGAGUUAACGCAGUAUUCACUUCCUGAUCCCCGUCGAUAUGCUGCCUUUGUUCCAGUGUUCUAUACUGAGAUUCCUCACAACACUGAGAAUUUCCUUGAGCUCGGGGACGUCACCUUACAAAACGACGCCUUUCACUAUAUCGGCGCUACGUGCUACUCCUUUUCUGGUAUGGAAGUCUGGAUGCGUGGCGAGAGUCUGGAUAUGGCUCUUGAGGUACUCCGCCGUGAUGAAGAUUGCGACACUUACGGUAUCGACAUUGCCAAUUCCACUGUGGCCCAGAUCUGCUGUUUCGCCUCAAACGGUAUAGAUGGCCCUUCAGGAGAAUACGACCAGUAUAGGACACGUUACAACAACAAGAACUGGAUCAUCGUUAUUUGCAACGAUGGCAUGGGUGGUAUCGAGAACGAUGGAACCAGCGGAUCACAUUGGUCUAUGGUGGCCAUGGACAGGAUCUCGAAGAAUGCGUACUACUACGACUCGUUGUGGGUUGAUCGGCACGAAUACCAGACCUUGGGUCGCAACAUCUCCCUCGGUAUGCUCAACAUCCUCGGCGAAGAUAUUUCUCUAUGGACCUACCUCAUACAGCUCGAGUGCCCCGACCAGAACUUUGACAACUUGUUCAAACAGGAUGGAGGUGCCUGCGGACCCUUUGUGUACAAGAUGACGCAAAUCUUGAUCAGAUAUAUCAAAAGUCAGCAAUCGUUGGGUGUGGAACGAUUGAGUCUGGCUGUAAACCACGCAUGGGUGACGCAGGUGUUCUCACCACAAUUCCAUUCGGGUGUUGUCCGCCGCGAGAUGCAGGACAGUAUCCUUCGUUGGCACCGUAUCACCCGAGCCGCGGCGUUCGCAGACCGUCACGACUACCAGGCUAUCCAAGGUACAGAUGCUAUUAUGGAUGACGGGCCAGUCGUCUCGUUCGAGAUCCCGCCGAAGCCACGGCUUCCGGUUCUGCGUCGAACUCGCUACACUAAUAAGCUCUCAAGGUCACACCAUAUCAGGCGUGACUGCUCCAGCGGUACCAACUACCAUGACCCCAUCGAUUUGGACGAUAGCGACGAAAACUGGACCAUGGGUAACAGCAGCGACAACAGUACUGCAGGAUCUUCAAGUGGUGGUACCGUAAUCACUGGACAUGAAGUUCUCUGGGAAGACGCAGGCGUCGAUACAGCUAUGGACGACGAAAAGCUUUUUCCCGUCCUCGACAGCGGUAUUCAGCUUAUUGAAGCAACUGAUGACGUCUAA